AUGUUUCAUGACGAGGAACAAAUACAAGAAGUAACUCAUGAAAAUAUAGAUAUAGACAAUAAAAAUCCUAGCGAACCGACUGGAAAUGAAAAUGACGUUACGGUAGAAAGGAACCCUGUAAAUACAGCUGUAAAUAAGGAAAGAGGUCAUGAUUUAAAAGAAAUUCCCAUAAAUCAGCUUAUCAGUAAUCUUCUAGUAAUGGCAAUCAAAUGGCGGUAUAAUACGACUCAUACUUUGGCUCAAGAGAUUUUAAAAUUAGUGAAUAUUUCUUCAAAAAUUAAUAAUUCUAAAAGUUCGAAAUAUUACUGGAAAAUUAUUUUAGACCGAUAUUCUCAACAUAUUUCAACUCAUUAUAUUUGUGAUAAUUGCGGCAAUUAUUUAGGUUGUGAAGCUAAUCGCCUUGAUUGCUGUGACUCUUGUCAUUUAGAAGUUGAUUAUGAAUCUAAUAAAGGUUCAUUUUUAUGCAUACCAUUGGGCGAUCAGCUUAAAGAUUUAUUUGAAAGAACUGAUGCGCAUAAUUUGUAUUCAAAAAAUCGUAAAAAAAUCAAUCGUUACGCAAUCGAAGACAUAUAUGACGGUAAAAUGUAUAAAAAGCAAGUUUUGGAUGAUGACAUGAUAUCCAUCAACUUUAAUUUGGACGGAGCACUGAUUUUUGAAGGCUCAAAUACAUCAGUAUAUCCUGUUCUUUGCACCAUUAAUGAAUUAAAUCCUUACGAGAGAAGAGAUAACAUUCUAUUAUCGAGUGUUUGGUUUGGCGUAAGUAAGCCAAAAAAUAUGAACAGUUAUUUAAAACCUUUUGCCACCGAAGCGAAGACGCUAGUACAAGAUGGAUUUACUUAUUCUUACAAAAACCAAACCUAUAAAAAAAGGGUUGUUAUUUUGAUGGGCAUUUGCGACUCAGUUGCUCGAUCACUUGUACGAUGUUCAACGCAAUUCAACGGUGAAUUCGGAUGUGGGUUAUGCUUGAAUCCAGGGAAAUCAGUUAAAAAAGGCAAAGGUUAUGCGAGAGUCUAUCCAAUGAUCAAUGGCAAUCCUUUUGGAGAAGGCCUAAGAACACAUGAAGAGACGUUGUUGCAUGCGGAGCAAAAAACAAAAGCAAAAAGAAAAGGAAUAAAAAAAGUAUCCGUCCUCUGUGAAAUACCAAAUUACGACAUCAUCAACAACUUGGAUGUUGAUUGGAUGCAUUGCGUUGGCCUUGGUGUUGUUCGUCAAUUUGGUAAUUUAUGGUUCGACAAAACAAAUUGGGACAAAGACUUUUAUUUUGGAGACAUAAUUGAUUUAGUCGAUUCUUUCCUCACAUCGUUUCGUCCAACAUCUGACAUUUCAAGAACACCGAGACCGUUAUCUGAUCGCGUCCACAUGAAAGCUCAUGAAUGGAUUACUUUCCUUUUAAUAUAUAGUUUACCUCUAUUGAAAAUGUUUUUUCCGAAAAAGUACCUUGAUCAUUGGGCUUUAUUAGUAGAAGGUAUUUCGAUUUUAGUUAAAAAGUCAAUUAUGAAGUCGGAAGAAAAAUAUGCUGCUAAAUGUUUGAAUAACUUUAUUCUUGGUGUUGAAUCACUUUAUGGAGAAGAAUAUGUGAGCUUUAACGUCCAUCUUUUGGCCCAUCUACCUACGAGUGUCGAAAACUGGGGUCCUCUGUACACACACAGCGCCUUUAUCUACGAAGAUUUUAACCAAACGAUACAGGCGUAUGUAAAUAGUCCUAAUGGCGUCGAAAUACAGAUAUGCGAUUCUUUUCGAUUAAAAUGUGUAAUCGACCGAUUAAUAUGUUUAUGUUGGGAUAAUUUAGAUUAUCGUCAGAGGGAAUUUUUAACAAAUUUAUUAAAAAGAAGAAAUAAGCCGGUAUCUAAGUUACAAAUUAAUAACUGUAACGUUCUAGGUAAACCAAAGGUUUUAAGUAAAUUAACCGCGAAUCAGUACCUUGCGAUUGAACGUGCGAAUAUUGAAGUCAAUCAAGUUGGCUCGAUAUUCACGUUCAAUAGAUGUAUUAUUAAUAAUGAAAUUUUAACUAGCAAAAAUUACUGUCGGGAGAAAAAAAGAGUGAACUAUGUGGUGAUGCUACAAAAUAAUCAAAUUUUUGAGAUAAAUAGUUUUAUCGGUUUUAAAUCAGAUUCUUGUCAACAAAGUUAUUUGUUAGGCUUCUAUUACUCGUUAAAAAAUGAACCUUUUCUUGAAGAUAUGAAACUCGAUCACUUAGUAAUGUUAAAUAAAAAAACUGGUACAUUAACAGCUUUUGCUCUCAAUUUGCCUCGGCUCAUCAUUGUCAAGUCCGAAUCAAAAUUUCAAACUUCCUUUCAAUUUGAAGAUCUAUUAAAAUCCAAUGAAGGUUGA